CGGCGAAGCUUCACCUUGUAUUUUUGGCGAUCCGGAUUUUACACCUUGUACAUGCGGAAUUGUUAAGAAGUGCUGUGGGUCCAUAUCCUCAUUCGCGUCGAAUCUUACUGGAUAACCUCGCAUGGCAAUUUUGUCUGGAAGAGGAAAGCUACGCACAUCACAGAUUCACGGAACUAGGUAGAAGCGCCUGUGUCAGCUUUGACGAAGCUACCGGAAGUGCCAAGAAGCCACUGGUGGACAUCAACGUUAUGGAACCUAUAAUAGAACAACCUGUGGAGAUUGCCGAGAAGGCUAGCAGAAAUCCAUCUUAGCCAGCAUCUUCGGCUCGUUUUCUAAGGGGAAACGGACACCAAGACGCUCCACAGGAUGGACCUCUUCUAGCUCUAAUAAUUAUGGAACUAAUUAUACGACGAGAGCCACCAACUCUAGCUGGAAGCCUGUGCAGCUCCCACACGAUUUUCUGAGUGGACUGGCACCAAAUGAGAAUGGAAGUGUCAAUCACGGCUUCAUACCUUUCAGAGCCGGAUGGUAUGCGCUAACGCUUGGGCGAGAGGAGGUCCAACAGUUGUGCGAAGGCGACUCGCCUGAUGGUGCGGCGUUUUUUUUAUGACAAGAAAAACCUUGACGUUCUUGAUCUAAGUACUUUUUACGGGUUGUUUCGUACUCACACACACACACAAUCUACCUAGAACAUGAAGAGCAGUUUCCCGAGGCUCUCUGGGUAGAUAGGCCACGACAUGAGGAUACAUGACAUGAGAUUAGGCUUGCGAGAUUCCUUAUUUUUCAACGAUCGAUCUGGAUCUAUCUUACGUAAUAGUUCUAGCUACCCGUGACGUUGCCUGCUACUCCCAGAGGCUCCCUUCAUCUGCUCUCCAUUUUGACGGCGUUAUCUGGAGUUCGACGACGUGGGUGAACGGACGCAAAAAAGG